UGCAAUCGCUGUUGUCGUCGUUUUUAUCAUUUAGAGUUUAAUAAGCAUUAUCUAAACCUAGGAUUUAAGUCGUAAUUCCCGCCCUCAAAAAUUAAACGUUUUACCUUGCCUUUAUAAUUCUGCCAUGCUUCUGUUCUCAUCCAUUGAGUUUUCUUUCGCGAUCUUGUUUUGACGAGCGAUGUGUUUCACGUGCACCGUGUUGGUUUUACGCGCUACGAGGAACUCGGCUCAGAUUUUAUUAACGACACGUUUAUGAACAAUCAAAUGGUCCUCGUAAAAAUUUAUUGAAGGACAUAAAAAAACAUGAACGACCACUUGCGAAUGUAGCUGCGCCAGUGCGAAUGUUUUUAGGCAUCUUACGAUUCCCACUCCUCCAAAAAUGUUAAAAUUCAUUUUACAAGGGAUAGCUUCCCAUAUCUGCGCAAGAGUUUAACUAUUAUUUCGGCGUAUUCGAGGCACACAGCUACAGAACCUCUUGAUCUUUUUAUUGAAAAGCUCCCUCCUCAAAAUGAAUUAAGACGUAUUUUGUUUAGCUAAUAGCAGGCACAUCAUUAAACACACAAAGGAGGAGACCCGUUCAAGACAGUGUGUGGUAUUUUAAUCUACUAUCGCCUUACUAGAUAUGAACAUCACACUUAAAAGAACGUUACAUAGUUUUCUAGACAGAGAUUAAUUACACCAACAAAUAGUGCCCUCUAUUUGCUUGCCAACGUACCUCGCGUUCCAAAACGGUGAUGUAGCUCUUGGAGGUUUUUUAAAUAAGACAUGAGAAAAUAAUUCGUUACCAUUUGGAGACUAUAGUUUUGCCACUUUAAAGCCACCUGCUACAUAAACGCCUCUGUGAUGUCCCUAAGCACAUCACUUUCCCUGAAGGUUUCGCGCAUUGAUCCACUGUGUAAUUUUUUGCGGUAAAUAUAAUCACGUGUUGCACGGUCGACCAAUGGGAGCUAAAGGAGCCCGGAGAAAUAAUUACCUGGCUUGAUUGUUCUAUGGGCAGAUAAAAAAAGUACACAUACACUCCAUAUAAUAAUCGGAUGCAUGUAUAAGAGACGAGAGGCUUCGUCAUGUCGACCACGGGUCCCAUAAGCAAUUAUUAUGUGGAUUCCUUGAUAAACCAUGAAAGCGAGGAGGUGCUGGCGACUAGAUUUUCGGCUCCCGACUUGCUUCCCGCGAGCUCCCGUCAAGCGUCGCUUGUACCGGAGUGUUCCGAUUUUCCUUCUUGCAGCUUUGCUCCGAAACCAACCGUUUUUACAACCUCGUGGGGCCCAGUCCACUCUCAAUCCUCAGUGGUUUACCACCCGUACACUCACCAACCUCACUUAGGAACGGACUCCAGGUACGUGCGCUCAUGGCUGGAGCCUUUAUCCGGUGCCGUAUCCUUCCCAAGCUAUCCGACGAGCGGCAGGCACUAUGGGCUGAAACCUGACGCCAUCUCGGAGCGCAGAGCCGCAGACUGUCUGGCCUCCAACGGACGCAGCUACUCGGACUAUAUCUACGGCUCAUCCGCUGACAUCCGAGAUAAGGCUCAUCAGAAUAUCUCCUCUCCGGAGUCUGAGGUUUUGGCUUCCGGAAAGCACAAAGACGACAAACCUGAAUUAGACCCGAAUAACCCCGUGUCGAACUGGAUCCACGCGCGCUCCACCAGGAAGAAGCGUUGUCCAUACACAAAAUACCAGACACUUGAACUCGAAAAGGAGUUUUUGUUCAAUAUGUAUCUUACCAGGGACCGUCGAUACGAAGUUGCCCGAGUCCUAAAUUUAACAGAGCGGCAGGUUAAAAUCUGGUUCCAGAAUCGACGAAUGAAGAUGAAGAAAAUGAAUAAAGAAAAGACCGAGGUCAACGAACAGUAAUACGAAAACACCGAGGGCAAUGGACAGUAAUGCCCGAUGGCUGGUGUACAUGGCAGGACAAACAGAGGAGCGCAUUCGGAAACAUACAAAUAACAGACUGGAUAGCAGGAAGCUGUCUCCCUCUUUAUAUUGCCUCAAAUUACCCUUUGAUUCUUAUCUUUAUUUCACAUUUUGUUAUAUUCCACAUAAUGUAAACUCUUUUUCUAUACACAGUUUAUUGACAUCAGAUAUGCUGUACACCUUGGCCCGGGUUUAGAAUGACGCUAUUGUGAGGCGUAUGCGAAUUGAAUUUUUACGUUCAUUUGGGGUUUAAAAAAAAAAAAUAGCCUCCAUUAUGGGGUGAAAGAAAUACAUUUUCAAAAAGAGAAAGGUGGGGCCGGAGGAAAGUACUUGAAUUUUUUGUUGGUAAAUUAUGUCGCCUUGCUUGUUUCAUUUUAGUUGGUGCUUAUUAUGAAGUUAUGCAAAAUUGCAUAUUUUGUACAGAAAAAUAGAACAGCAAAAUGGCAGUAACGUUUGUCUGUGUUUGCGUCAAUGUGGGAAUAGAUUUUUGAUGUACCCAUUGUUGGAUUUUUGCAUUCUUAUCUCUAGAUUCUGUAAAGUUAUGUUAUAUUGUAGAUUGUGGUUAUAUUUAAAUAUACCGUACAUCACCAAA